UAUAACGUCAGCUAAAGACGCCCUCUGACAUUGGAGGUGUAUCAUUUUUAAACAUACGAUCUUCGGUUGCGGGUCUGACAGAAACCAGGAAGCAGCAGGAGCAGCUCCCAAAGGAAACACCGGUGAAUAAAAAGCUUUCAGGUGGAUAGCGGCUUAUUGUUUUUGCCAUCACUUGACAGAGAGGCGAUGGGACGUCUCGGAGCAAAGGAGCGGCUGUAAAACAACAUCUUUAACGUUGUAGCUGGUGGUGAUGAAGACAGGUUGUCAGGCGUUACUGUAACUACUGUCCCCGUUGUGUCGGUUAAAAGGAGCCAUACCUCCCUGAGUACCGUCAGCUAGCCGGUUAGCUCUCUUCUGCAGCUAACUAAAUAAGACAAAAGCAAUGUUGUUAUCUCAUUGGGAGCUAUGGAGAACAUGUUGGGAGUGUGUUUCCAGGCCUUACACGGUGUUCAUCUGCUCCCUCACGGCAGCACUGUACUAUCUGUGGGGCCGCAAGAGUCAGACACCAGCCCUGGUCUCGAGCCAGGCGUUCAGUGCAUUCCUUCACAAGCACUGUCCUGUGGUGGCUGAGCGCUUCAUUCCCACUCCGUGGUGCUGGGGAGGCCGGCUGCAAACACUGGUCUGUGCCGUCCUCAAGUCCAGACCCCCCGUCAAUUAUCGCAAUGAGCUGAUAAGUACGGUUGAUGGGGGUCAGAUUUCUCUGGACUGGAUGGACAAUAAGGACAGUGCGACCUACCCAGAGUCCUCUACACGUCCCACAGUACUGAUCCUCCCAGGCCUGAUAGGAAACAGCAAGCAGUCCUAUGUGCUGCAUGCCCUCAACCAGGCCACCCGCCGCGGCUACAGAUGUGUGGUUUUCAACAACAGAGGGCUUGGAGGGGAAGAGUUGCUGACGCCUGUCACCUACUGUGCAGCCAAUACCUCGGAUCUUGAGCAUGUGGUGCACCACAUUAAAGGACUUUACCCAUCUGCCCCUGUGCUUGGUGCUGGUGUGUCCUUGGGAGGCAUGUUAUUAUUAAACUAUCUGGCCCGUAAGCGUUCAGACUCCGGGAUGGUGGCGGGUUUCACCAUCUCGAUCCCCUGGAAUGCACUGAAGUCUGCCGCCUCAAUGGAAGAGCCGCUCAAUUGGCUGCUGUUCAAUAGAUACCUCACCGCCAGCCUGUGUAGUUCUGUCACCAGGCACAGGAAGGUUCUGGAGAAAGUGGUGGACUUCGAACAUGUCUUGAAGGCGCAGACUAUCCGCGAGUUUGACGAACGCUUCACCUCUUUGCUGUUUGGUUAUAAAUCUUGCACGGACUAUUACUUCGAUGCCAGCCCGGACAACAAACUCCAUAACACAGUGGUUCCCAUCUUGUGUCUCAACGCUGCUGAUGACCCCUUCUCUCCCCAGCACGCCUUACCGUUGACCACGAUCCAGAGCCUGCCUAAUGUCGCUCUGCUGUUGACGGCCUGCGGUGGACACAUCGCCUUCCUGCAGGGUUUGUUCCCCCGGGGUGAAAGCUACAUGGAGCGCCUGUUUGGCCAGUUUGUCCAAGCCGCCUUCGAGCACCCCAAGGACAUUAGGAAAGCCUGUGGCGUUAAGGACGAGCAAAGGAGCUGAUCACCUCUUCACCCCCAUCACUCUUGUUUGUACUCUGAACUAUAGGAUUGCUGCGAGCUGAGGAGAAUAUAAAGUCACCGGCAUCAUCGUCACUAAAACGCAUUGCUCAGCUUUGCAUGUCGUCGUCAUACCACAGAAACGUUGGGUCUCCUCGAUGUGUGCACAGAGAAUGACCGACUGUAUUGUACAAUCAUACGACCUCACUGCAGCGAUGCUAUCUACCUCCUCAUCUUCUCAGGUUGAUUGAAAACAAAAAAAAAAGUGCAUAACUAAGUCAAUGCCUACUAUUGCAUCAAUGCACACUAAAAAAAAAACAACGAAAUUUAUGUAUUGGUUUAAAAGAAGUCAAUAGACUGUAAAUCGAUUUUAAUCAUGUUUCUCUCUUGCAGCACUACGCGUGUUGAAACCAAAAUGCACAAUUAUCGAUAGAAAACGAGUGCUUUAAGUUUAAAUACUAUUUGAAAAUGUAAUUUUAAAUAGAAAUGAACUGAAUGUGAAAAUAACACAGCUUGACAGAUAUGCUGUUUGUUUUGCCUCGUUAGACUUGUGUUCCUUCCGGUGUGUAACAUUCCUCAAAGGAUUAUCUCCCCCCCCACAUCUUCGCCGUGUUUCUCCAUACAUACUGUAUUUUGAGGUAAUCCUGCUAACGGUUCAGUUGUUAAAACUGUUAGUCUCAACCUCAAAACACCCACACAGCAGGUCAACACAUAUCUGCCAUGAAGGAAACUCUCACGGCAUUGUAAGAUAGCUUCAUCAUCUGAGUUCUUUUGAUUUUAAAUCAAAAAAACUGAAGCGUAAACAUGUAAAGGUAUUGUGUGCUUGUAUAUGCUCUUCGCGGUGUGCUUGGUUGCCAUGUAAAUUAUGCAGUACAUCAGAGGUGAAAAAGCUGACGCUGUAAAAAGUACUUGAGGUAUUAUGUACCCGCUGUCAAUAAUUGAAUAGCGUUUUUUGAAUUUGCACGUGUUGUUCUCUGCCUUUUGUUUCCCCCCCACUGAUGCACAUUGUUUGGGAAUGGGCAAUAGAUUUUAAAUAAAUGUAUCUAGUUCGUAGUUCGAGGUGGCCAUUUGUUUUGAGUUUAGUCACUGAAUUUAUCCCGCUUGGUGUGUCAACUGAAUGUCUUUUCAAAUUAGUCGAGACCAUGUAGAGGGUUUUUAAUAUGCGUGUGUGUAACACCAAUAGUGCAUUGAUGAAUUAAAUGCAUAAUUUUAUAAUGACAAUACCAAGGGAACGUAUGAUUUAUGUCACUAUUACUAGAAGCUGCAGUUAGAGAAAUGUGAAGCUUAUAGCGGCAAAUGUUGGUAAUUGUUGGCAUAUUGAGUUUAUUUGCUCAUCAGCUCUUUGCAGAUGUUAACCACUUUCACUUUAAUUGAUGUGUAUUUUCAAUGGACAAAUGCUGUUUUUAUUUGUUUCCACUUUCCCUUCUGUAUGAGCUGUAACCACAAUCACAGAGUGUUUGCAAUAACAGUUAAGAUUGUUAGCCUUCGUCUGAAAGAACUUUGGGCAUUAUGAACAAUCUAUUUGGGUUUUUGUGAAAUACACUUGAAUUAAAGAAUGAUAGAAAUGAAAA